CCAACUGAUGAAAAAUAUUUUCAUUGAUAAUCAAAAUUUACAGAUAGGCCAAGUAGGAAAAAUAUUGCUUAAGGACUUAUUAGAGUUUGAUUUAAGGAUAUUUGCUUUGUACAUUUAAAUAUGUGACAUUGACAGUUUGUGUUUUAAUGAUUAACCUCUUGAAUCUUUACGUCUGUCAUUAAAUAAUUAUUGUCUGAUGCUCCCCAUAAUUUCCCUCAAAUUAAAUUUAAAAGACCCUUAAAACCCUAAUUUUGUACAAUUGUGAAAAUGUAAAUAGAUAAAAAUUGAAAAAGAUGCUUAAAAGUAAACAUCAAUAUUAUCUGUUGAAAUUAUAAAAAAAAAAAGAAUUCUACAAAGCCUAUUUAUGCUAGAGCGCCUUCAGCACCUGAUCUAGCUCUUCCUGACUCAGUCAUCUCUCACAUUGUAGCCAAUGGCAAUUUCACCUAUGGGUGAAAUCAUCCCAUUGCAAAACAUCCGUGAAGUGAAGGGGACUUGUACAAAAAUGGGCACCACUUCCUAUUAUGGUAACUGGGUUUGUUUCCCUCUGGCUCACAGCUCUCUGUGAUUAGCUAUAUUGUAUUGGCCUUUUCAGGCCAAGUUCCCUUCUGACCACUCUAUGACAAUGAGGAAGAAGGGCAAGCAGGAUGAUGUGUAGGAAAGUACACAAGUUAAAAUUCAUUAAGUUUCCUGGCCCUAAUACAGGUUUUUAUUGUGUAGGGUAUGAUUUGUUUCAGGGUAAAGAGGCCAGUAUUAGGCCCUUAAUAUGAUUUAAUGUUGAGUUUGGAAGUUCUGAGGAACCAUUAAUUUUAAUUUCUGUUUGUUUGGCAUGCAAGAAGCUGCUGCUUAUUUUAAAUUACUUCCAUGUUCUCUGAAUUAUUCUGCUGGGUAGCACUUAUGCAUGCCUACUGGUAAAAAAUGAUAGCUAUAAAUCAAUUCUUGCUCAUUUUUCCAAUCUAUGUUUAGGGCAAAAAAUUUAUUUAGAGUAAGUGUUUUCAUUUCACAAUAUGUAUUUUGGAGGUCUAUUGAGCUUAGUGUUAUGUAAGAUAAAACAUUGCUUUUUUGUUCAUGGAUAUCGGUUUGUAAAUCUUCACAUAAUGACUUGCUUGCAAAACUUCACCUAAUAGACAGCAAACUUUAAACAACCGUUUUAAAUUAACAACACAUUAUUCCAUCAAUUAAAAUAUGCCUGAAGAACUUUCAGAACUGUUUUUCACUUGCAGAGGCAUACUAUUAUAUAAAUAUAUCAUAAAAUACCUAGUUGUUCUUUGAAAAUUUUGUUUGAUAGUCUAGAUGUUAAACCCAUCAUUCAUAAGCCUGUAAAUGUUUAGAGACUUCUUUUUAUCACAGGUUGCAGCCAGUUGUCUGGAUACCAGAUGGCUCAGUAUAAUAAUUAAUUUGAUCUUUGACAUGUGGCUUCACCACAGUAACAUCCAAAGCAGAAAUUGACAAUCCUGUUUCAUUCAUAUGAAUGGGAGCCCUUUGCUUUAUUAAAUGGGUGCUGUGCGGAGGAGAUGAGAGCUUCUUAUGUGCCAGUGGAAUCUGCAUCCCCGGGAAACUACAAUGUAAUGGUUACAAUGACUGUGAUGACUGGAGCGAUGAGGCACAUUGCAACUGCAGUGAUGAUGUGUUCCGUUGUACUACCGGGAAAUGCCUCAAUUACACCUUUGUUUGUGAUGGAUAUGAUGAUUGUGGAGACCUGAGUGAUGAACAAAACUGUGAUUGCAAUCCAUUGAAGCAACAUCGAUGUGGAGAUGGAAGAUGUAUAACGGUAGACUGGGUAUGUGAUGGUGACCAUGAUUGUAUAGACAAGUCAGAUGAAGUCAAUUGCUCAUGUUACAGUCAGGGUCUGGUGGAGUGCAAAAAUGGACAGUGCAUUCCCAGUGCUUUCCAGUGUGAUGGGGAUAAUGACUGUAAAGAUGGAAGUGAUGAAGAUAAUUGCAGUGAAAAUAAGGGUCAAACACCAUGUCAGGAAGGGGACCAGAGAUGUAUUGAUGCUUCCUGCCCUGAUUCUUGUGGCACCUCUUCUUUCUGUGACAUAAACAAUAGCCAGACAAACUGUAGUCAGUGUGAACCAAUUACUCUGGAACUCUGCAUGAACCUACCUUACAACUAUACUAACUACCCAAACUACUUGGGCCAUAGGACUCAGAAGGAAGCCUCUAUCAGCUGGGAAUCUUCCCUUUUUCCAGCCUUGGUUCAGACUAACUGCUACAAGUACCUUAUGUUUUUUGCCUGUACAAUCUUGGUGCCAAAAUGUGACCCUCAAACGAAUCAGCGUAUCCCACCCUGCAGGACGCUGUGUGAGCAUUCCAAAGAACGCUGUGAAUCUGUGCUUGGAAUUGUGGGCCUGCAGUGGCCAGAAGACACAGAUUGCACUCAGUUCCCAGAAGAAAACUCAGACAACCGAACCUGCCUAACACCUGAUGAGGAUGUGGAAGAGUGCUCACCCAGUCACUUCAAGUGCCGUUCUGGAAGGUGUGUCUUGGCAUCCAGAAGAUGUGAUGGCCAGGCUGACUGUGAAGAUGAUAGUGACGAGGACAACUGUGGUUGUAGAGAAAGGGGUCUUUGGGAAUGUCCAUCAAACAAGCUGUGUAUCCAGCACGCCAUGAUCUGUGACGGCUUUCCAGAUUGUCCUGACAAGGUGGAUGAAAAGAACUGCUCAUUUUGCAAGGCAGAUGAGCUUGAAUGUGCCAGUCAUGAUUGUGUGCCAAGUGAGCUGUGGUGCGAUGGGCAGCUAGACUGCAUGGACAACUCAGAUGAAUGGAACUGUGUGACCCUAUCUAAAAAUGCAAGCUCUUUGGCAUUCCUGACUGUUCACAGGUCAGCUACUGACUACCAUGUUUGUGCUGAUGAGUGGCAAGAAAAGUUAAGCCAACUGGCCUGCAAUCAAAUGGGUUUAGGGGGGCCGUCUGCAACAAAAAUUGUACAAGAAAAUGAGCAACUACACCAUCAAAAGUGGCUGAAUCUGCACUCUGACUGGAAGAAUAAAAAUGCAUCCACGUUACCUGCCCUGCUAGUGAAAGGGCAGUCAUGUCAAAGCAGAAGUAAAGUGUCCCUUCUCUGUAGCAAAAAAGAUUGUGGCCGUCGCCCUGCAGCUCGCAUGAGCAAGAGGAUCCUUGGCGGCAGGACUAGUCGUCCAGGACGGUGGCCGUGGCAGUGCUCUCUGCAGAGUGAACCAAGUGGGCACAUAUGUGGCUGUGUUUUGAUUGCAAACAAAUGGGUUUUGACGGUAGCACACUGCUUUGAGGGGGAGACAAACACUAGUCAACAGAAUUUCCUCUUAAUGCUGUUUAUCGAUUGCUGGACUCUUUCUAUAGUUUUGGAAGAACUUCUUUGGAGAGAAAAUGCUGCAGUCUGGAAAGUGGUGUUUGGUAUAAACAAUCUGGAUCAUCCAUCAAUCUUCAUGCAGACCCGACUGGUGAAGACUAUUAUCUUGCAUCCACGCUAUAACAGAGCAGUAGUUGACUAUGAUAUCAGCAUUGUAGAACUAAAUGAAGAUAUCAACGAGACAAGUUAUGUAAGGCCAGUCUGCUUACCCAGCAGGGAGCAGUUGGUUGAGCCAGAUACCUACUGCUACAUCACAGGCUGGGGACACAUGGGCAACAAAAAUUUUUUUUCAGUGCCUUUUAAACUUCAAGAAGGAGAAGUUCGUAUUAUUUCCCUAGAACAAUGCCAGUCAUACUUUGACAUGAAGACCAUCACCAGCAGGAUGUUAUGUGCAGGAUAUGAGUCUGGAACUGUGGACUCUUGCAUGGGCGACAGUGGAGGACCUCUCGUUUGUGAGCAGCCUGCAGGACGCUGGACAUUGUUUGGUUUAACCUCAUGGGGCUCAGUCUGCUUUUCCAAAGUUUUGGGACCUGGAGUUUAUAGCAACGUGUCACACUUCACUGAAUGGAUUGAAAGACAAAUAUACAUUCACACCUUUCUACUAAACUAAUGCCAGAAGGGUAGUGUUGUGCUGACACACAAGAGGCAAAGAUCAAUGGCCUUUAACCAUUGAAGAUUGUGCAAUCACGAUACUUAAGAAGAAGUUGCAAGCUCUGUGUUGUUGAUGGGGAGGUAUGGAAAAUGCAGCAUAAAUAAAUUGAUUAAACUCUCUGCCCCUGGCGAUACGUUGGGGCACAACACUAUUUUUGUAAUCCUUUUGACUUUUCCUUUAGCUGUAUUGUGUGCAUUCCAAGCACAACACAAGGCUUAAAGGAAGAAUCAGCCAACCUUCUGCCUUUCAGACAUUUAAAUUAAGCUGUAGUACAGACUUAGUAAAACUAUAAAACUUUUUGGGAAAAAUAAACAGUAGCACACACAGUUUUAGCCUACAAUUCUUGCAGUGAAGAAUAAAAUCAAUACAUUCUCAAAGAUGACACUGAGGUCUAUAUUAAAAUUAGCCCUUCUCUGCUACCUCGAGUUUGCUCCCAUGUUAGCAUAGCAGGGCCUUGUCAGAAAUACAACCAGCAUGGGAGAAUGUGUAGUUCUUUGAGACAACUGAUAAGUGGGAUGGUUUAGAUACUGUCACACUACAAUUAAGUCACAUAGUUCAGACUACUGUUAAGUGAAACAUUUACCUCUAAAAUUCAGUACCUUCUGUUUUGAUUAACCUAAUCUAACCUGUACCAGAUAGUGUCCUAUAGAAAUAGUCACUGUAUUCAUAAAAGUAGUUUAAAAGUCCAAAACACUUAAUAUUUAAGUCACUGUUGCAUUGCAGUUUCACCUAGUGACAUGACAGUAUGUUUCAUUGUAUAUUAUGGGCUUAGGGGACAGCAAAAUAACUCUCCCCAACCUCUAAAUAAUACAGCUGCAUCCAAAUUUCUCUAGUUCAGGGCUGCAUCUAACUCAUGCAAGAUAAGAUAGAUUGUCGACAUCCUAAUCUCAAAUGCAAAAAGGUGUGGAAAUUACAACUUCCAGUAGCCCAGGCUCCAUCUUUCUCCGUAGGACCAGGUCCUCAGCUGGUGUAACCAGGUGUAGCUCAGUUAAAGUCAAAGGAACCAUAUUGAUAUAAACCAUCUGAAGCUCUGGCCCUUAAUAGAGUGGAGCUGGGUUCUGAAAUACAGGAUUUUUAGGGAGUUUUGUUUUCAGUAUUAGGAAAAAAAAUUGAAAAGAUGCUGUCAUAAAAUGAACAGCCUCUCCUGCCGUCUCUGUUCACCAAAAGAUGUACUUAAAGUUGGCUUUGAUUUUAUUGUAAAGCACUGGAACACUUAAAGCCAUUCUAUGUAUAUGUAAGCACUGCCAAGAAAUAAUAAUUAAGGUAAUUUCUUAUUUCCUCAUUGAUUACUUGGGCCUCAGCCUACCACCAGUUUUCUAGCAGAACUCCCCAGUAAAAUAAAUGAGUUCUGCUUAAAAUCUGGUGGCACCAUAUAGCCCAUUGAAUAUAAUCACCUUUGUUAGGAAAGUAUGCAUCCCAAGUGGCAUUAGAAAGGAGUAGUAGUUUUUUUUUCCCAAAUAAUUUCUGCCACAACAUUCCAUGUAAAGAUGAUAUUUGUAAUUUUAUAAAUGUAUUUUUAUACUGCUUUUCCCCCUCUAUAUGUGCACAUAAUAAUGUAUGUAGGUUUUAAAGAGUCAAACUUACUCCCUCCUUCCAAUGUAUUAGUCCUUUCCUGAGUAUUGUCAUAACUCUGACAAUCAGAAUUAUCUAACAAUUGUAUCCCCAUUUUAAGGUGAUAAAACACAUUUGUUGUUUCACUUCUAUCACAGCUCCAGCUCCACAUGGAAUUAACAUUGCACCAACUAGAUAGAUGUGUUUAUUUCUACCCAUAUUAAACAAAUAUGUACAACAAUUUUCCAAUAAUUUCUGUGAUCUAAAAUAAACAUGUUUUUAUUCUG